AUGGCCAAAACCUGGCCCCUAAAAAUAUAUCCUGUGUCCUUUGUUAUGUUUUUUUGGCCUCUUCCAGCAAAGAUCCAUGAAGAGAUUGACCAGGUCAUUGGACCACAUCGGAUGCCAAGUGUGGAAGACCGAACCAAGAUGCCCUACACAGAUGCUGUGAUCCAUGAGAUACAGAGACUGACAGAUAUCGUGCCCCUGGGUGUUCCACAUAACGUCAUUCGGGAUACUCAUUUCCGAGGCUACCUUCUACCCAAGGUGGAGUACACCCUCAUUGGCACCUCUUCUCCCUACACUAUACUCCACUAUACCCCUCUCUCCUCCUGGUUCCUUAACCCAUAUUCCAACAUUGAUUUCUCUUCAUUCCCCUGUUUUUACUCCAGGGCACUGACGUGUUUCCCCUGCUUGGUUCUGUCCUCAAAGACCCCAAAUACUUCCGCUACCCAGAUGCCUUCUAUCCUCAACACUUCUUGGAUGAACAGGGCCGCUUCAAGAAGAAUGAAGCCUUUGUUCCUUUUUCUUCUGGUAGGUUUAUACGGUCUGAAUUCUCCCAGGAACAUGCUUGACAUGUCUCUCAACCAUUGGUUCAUAUUUGGUUCAUAUCUGGAAGGGAAAUUGGGUGCUAUGUCAAAGAAUCGUAGAAUCCCUGAAUCUCAGAAUAUUAGAAUCAUUGACUCUUAUACUUAG